AUGGCCUGGCUUAGUACUUCAUUACGCGCUGGCGAGUCGCGUCUCUAUUUUCUCUGCAUCUUUUUCGGCAUUGGCGCAUCUGUCUGGGGAUACAACAUUGGCAUACUGUCUUCAGUGAUAGUCAGUUCAGGCUGGCGCGAAGCUCUACAUCAGCCAACACGCGCUUUAAUCGGAACCGUAGUCAGCGUCUACUACACUGGAACCUUCAUCAGCUAUCUCUGCAUUUCCCAUCCGAUCACUGACUGGCUUGGUCGUCGGUAUGCCGCCUUGUCGGGAACAGCUUUCGUUUGCCUUGGCGCCAUACUGCAAGCCACAAGUGGUGGCAGUACAGCUCGCGGCACCAUGCUCGCUGGAAGACUCAUCAGUGGCGUUGGAGUUGCCGUCGUGUCUACUUCAGUGCCGUUAUACCAAGCUGAGAUAUCGCCAGCACACAAGCGCGGCCAUUUUGUAACGUUGAACCACGUCGGCUUCAUCGCUGGCAUAGCGCUGGGUUUCUGGGUUGGAUAUUUCAUGAGAUUUUGGUCCUCCGAUGCAGGCCUUUUCUAUGGCUGGAGAUUAACUAUCCUCUUGGAGAUAAUCCCCGCAAUGAUCUUUGGGCUUGGGUUGCCUUGGGUCCCCGAAACUCCCCGUUGGCUUGUUGAACAUGGAAGGAAAGACCAGGCACGCUCGACCCUUCGCUGGCUCCGCGAGGGAAGUUUCGACGACGACGAAAUUGAGCAUGAAUUCUCAGCCAUCGUCAAGAGCGUCGACGAGUACCAUCAAUCCGGCAGCAACUGGCUUUCUUUAUUCCGACAAAAGCCACUGUUUAAUCGUCUCUGGCGAGCGACCCUGCUACAAUUCAUGGCCUCAAGUUGUGGUGCUACUGCUAUUAAAUACUUCCUCCCAUGGCUAUUGAGGCAACAUGGCAUAUUCUCCCAUACUGCGUUGCUAAUCAGCGCUACCGAAUCAACGGUCAAGAUAGGUUUCACGGUUCUCGAGAUGUUUAUCAUUGAUCGGUUUGGGCGGAGGAAAUGCCUCGUUGCUGGUUGCAUCAUCAUGGCUUUCUCACUGCUGAUCAAUGGAGCCGUGCCUCUUCUAGACCCUCAGCGUAAAAGCCCAGCCACCGAUAUAAUCUGCGUGGCCUUCAUCUUUGUAUAUGUCAUUGGCUUCUCUCUGGGAUUUGGGCCAACGGCAUGGGUAUACAACACAGAGAUGUUUCCCACCUCGGUACGAGCACGAGGCUUGAAUUUCGCCUCCGCUGGUGCCUCUGUCGGUUCUUCUAUCGUCACUAUGGUGUGGUCUGCGGGCAUCGGAUAUAUGGGCAGUAACAUCUACUUCAUAUUCAUGGUCGUGAACAUUAUCUGCAUUCCGGCCAUAUAUGCGUUCUUUCCCGAAACCAAGGGUCGGGAGCUGGAGGACAUGGACGCGCUCUUCGGUGCCAUUGAAACAAGACGGAGUGAUUUCGAUAAUAUCUCUGAACAUCUCUUGCAAGAUGAUGCUCCUUUCCGCGACUCCGUAGAAUCGGCGACUGGUAUAAACAGAGAGCAGGAUCGUGAUUAA